CAGAACGGAUAGCCUACAUGCCGCCUAGCCUAUAUAAACCCAGCUUGGCUAUGAUGCUAAGAUCCAGUAAACGUUAGAGAGACUACACGCGGGAAGGUUACAGAUCUUCCAAGCGCUGACCAAGAAAACUAGGCUACGAUUUUUCAGGCUAUACGGCUUCCGGGUUUACAGUAAGCGUGUCUAGCCACAUGGUAGGUAGCUACCGCGAUGGAAUGAGAUGGCAUGGAUGCUACAUCUUUGACAGUUCGAUCUGAAUGAUUUGGGGUGACAGGAGGCAUCGCUGAGAGAUGAGUAAGGACCUCGACGUCGAAAUGAAGGAUGUGGAACUGAACGAGGUGGACCAGGAGAAGCAGCCCAUGACCGACGGAGAGGCCGGGAACGGGGACGGUAUUUCCCCGACCAGCACGGAGAAAAACGGCAUUGUGAAGGUGAAGAUCCCGGAGGAUGGGACGGCGGUGAAGUUCACCGGGCUCAGCAAAGAGGAGCUCCUGAAAGUGGCCGGAACUCCCGGGUGGGUCCGGACGCGGUGGGCCCUGCUGGUGCUGUUCUGGCUCGGGUGGCUCGGGAUGUUGGCCGGAGCCGUCGCCAUCAUCGUCCAGGCCCCGCGGUGCAAGCCGCUGCCCAAAAUGAACUGGUGGAACGAGGGACCUCUGUACCAGAUCGGCGACGUGGCCGCGUUUACCGGGGGCAAUACCCUGAAAGGACUGGCAGAGAAGAUGGAAAGCCUGAGCCAGCUGAAGGUGAAGGGAUUGGUUCUCGGGCCCAUCCAUGUGUCCAACAUGGACCAAUCAGAUAGCCUCAGUUUCACAGAAAUCGCACCAGGCGUGGGAACCCUGGAGGAAUUCAAGUUUCUGAUCAAAACUGCACAGAAAAAGAAUAUUGCGGUGGUUUUGGACCUGACCCCCAACUACAGGGGCCGUGAGCCGUGGUUCGCCAACGGCAGCGUCACCGAUGUGGCAGAGAAGCUGAAGCCGGCGCUGGUCUACUGGCUGAAGGAAGGGGUGGACGGGGUGCAGCUGUCCGGGGUGGAGCGCCUGGUCACCGUGGUGCCGAGCCAGUGGGCCGAUAUCCGAGCAAUCGUGCAGAACGGAACCACGGACGGCAAGGAGAAGGCUCUCUUCGGGGUCACAGAGCAGGGGUCGGUGGCGGAGGUGUCCCGCCUGCUGAACAGCUCCGGGGUGGACCUGCUGAUGUCGGGGGUCCUGCGGUCCAGUCUGACCGGGGUGGACCGGGCCGAGGCCCUGCAGCACCUGUACGCCCAGAACCAGAUGUCCGUGGCCUGGACCAUGGGAGACCGCCGGCAUGGCCACCUGGCCUCCCUGGUCAGCCCCAACAUGCUCGCACUCAACCAGAUGCUGCUGUUCACCCUGCCCGGCACGCCCGUGUUCAACUACGGAGACGAGAUCGGGCUGGAGGAUGAGCAGGAAAACAAGUUUCCCAAGAUGCUUUGGGACACUGCGAAUGCAGCAAACAGUACUGAGAAAGAUAGGGAGUCGAUUCGUUCGUUCUUCCAGAAGCUGAGCGAGCUGCGUGGGAAGGAGCGGUCGCUGCUGUACGGAAGCUUCCGGGUCCUGCACAACUCCACUUCCUGUCUGGGGUACCUGCGCCAGUGGGACCAGAGCGCGGGCUACCUGGCCGCCUUCAACUGGGGGGAGGAGUCUGCGUCCCUGAGCCUCGCCCACGCGUCGCUCCCGGCAACGGCAACCGUAACCCUGAGCACGGACACCGCGGCGUUCCCCAAGGACAGCAGUGUGAAGCUGGCUGCCCUGGAGCUGGGGUCGGGCCAGGCUGUGCUGCUGCAGUACCCUUACACUGCCUGAGGGGGCCGCCAAAAACCAGGAAUCAACAUUUACAUGCACGUUGAUUGCUGUAAUGGUGGCUAGAAUCUGUGUUAUCAAUAGAAAUGCAUGUAACAUUAAAAUCAAAUGACUUUUUUUUAUUUUUAUUCCAAGAUGUCAUCAUGCAACACUGUGAUGUGAAGUAUUACUGUAUUUGAAGACACACACACACAUGCACACUGGAUUUUGUACACUGGCAUUUUCAUUUUCUCUGUGACACAGUUUUAAAGCAACCCCCCACCUCACUCCCUCUCUCUAAGGGCUCUUUCCAAUCGCUUAUUUUACCUCCUGCGUCCUUUCCUCACUUCCGUGGCUCCACCGAGCGGCCGACGCAGGGACAGGACUCGAUGACGGAGGAGUCGAGGUGGCACGCAUUAUCAGCGUCAGUUUGAAGCCACGGCAGUUACAGAUGUGGCAGUUGCAGAUGUGGCAGUUGCAGAUGUGGCAGUUGCAGAUGUGGCAGUUACAGAUGUGGCAGUUGAGGAUCCACAUACGGAUCGUUUAUAGGUCGUGCGUUCCAAAAAAAAAAGAGACUUCCGCAAAGGGUGUCCUCGCUGAAGCAUCCUCCAGGUGCCUCCUCGCUCCUCCUUAUGGAAAGGAGGGUCCUUAAAGAUGGCCGACCUUGAUGGAUAUCCGGGUCAGGCGAGAGUCGCGGAGACUGGGACGGGUAAAAUGAGAGACUGGAACGAGCCCUCGGGCGGAAAAUGAGCCUUCCUCCUUCGUCUUCUCACUGCUGUGUCUGUGACACGUGUUCCCUUAGUCUGUGAAUAAAGUGAAUAAUGAGACCCCAUUCCUCUGCUUCUCCCUGAAUGAGCGGAUGUGGGGUGCAGCUCUGAAAAUGAAGCAGAGGUUAAUGUGCCUGUUCACCCACAGGGAGAGAGAUGGAUCCUCUGUCUCUCUUUCACCCUCUCUCCAUCAUGAGAAAUAAACAGCCUGAAACUAA